CACUUUUUCGACUCGACCUUUCUUGAAAACAGAAAGUCUUUUCUAUACGGCUCAUCAGCUACUGUCUCACGAGACAUAAAACACACGACUACAGCAAAUUUACUGCUAUACACCUGUUCUACCCGACACACACUUUCUACCCAUUUACCUCACUUCGACAACCAUCACGAUGUCUGAAUACACAUACACCUCCACCUCCGUCACCUCAACUAUCCCUUCCUCCGAACAAUCCACCACCCCCACACACACCCAACUCCAAGAGAAAAUCCCCCUCCACCUCACCCGCCUCGCCGACAAAGUGGACGAAACCAUCAAAGCGGAAACCAAAUACCACGAAUGGUGCCAUCACGCCAUGAUCCACGUAUACAAACUGGAAGUCAAGCAACAAUGUAUCUUCGAAUACGAACCUUGGAGAGCAAUUGAUGAAGAAAUACAAAUGUUUGGGUUGUGGAAACAUGAUAUGCUGUUUGCUGUUUUGGGUCUGCAGCAACAUGUCAAAGCUUUACACAUGAGAUUGGAGGAGAUGUAUGAGAUAUUGAAGGAGGAACAAGAAAAAAAAGAAGAGGAGGAAGAUGAGGAAGAUGAGGAAGAUGAGCCUUGGUAUAAGCCAAGAUAUGACAGUCCUGUUCAGCAGGAUGUCAUGGUCAAUGUUUUGGAGUAUCUGAAGGAGAGGGAUGCGGUUUCUUAUGACGAAGUGGAGGAGGACGAGGAUGAUAUGUGUAGCUUUUUUGAGAUUUCGGAGGAGGAGUGGUUGCAGGAUAUGAAACCUGUUGUGGAGUGGGUUGAUAAGCUUGAGGUUGGAUGGUUGGCAUGAUUUGUAUGGGUUUGAUGAAGGGGGAGGGAAGGGAUGUUGACGAGAUAUCAUCGCGGGUUUGGGAUUUGGGAUUUGGACAUGGAACAUCAUCGCGUUUGCUUUUUUCCUUGUAUAAAGGUUUUUUUAUGCCCCGAUA